AUAAUUUUCACCAUCAGGGAUAUUUUAGCCCUGAUACAGCCAGCACCAGCGCCGCCGUCUCAGCUCAGUCUCCUCGCAAUGGCUAACGUGUCUGUUCGUGUGCUUUCCUCAGGCGCCUUCGGGUCCGUGUGCCGUCAGGUCGCUGUGCGAUGCCAGAGCACAGCGGCGGCGGCGGCACCGGAGCCAACCCCAGAGAAGAGGAUUAAGAAGUUUGCCGUGUACCGCUGGGACCCUGAGAAGUCUGGAGACAAGCCACACAUGCAGACCUACGAGGUGGACCUGAAUACCUGUGGCCCGAUGGUGCUGGACGCUCUGCUGAAGAUCAAGAAUGAGAUUGACCCAUCCCUCACCUUCCGUCGGUCCUGCAGGGAGGGCAUCUGUGGCUCCUGCAGUAUGAACAUUGGUGGUGUCAAUACUCUGGCGUGUAUCAGCAAGAUUGACUCCACCCUCACCAAGACCACUAAGAUCUACCCGCUGCCCCACAUGUACGUCAUCAAGGACCUGGUGCCGGACAUGAACAACUUCUACGAGCAGUACCGCUCCAUCCAGCCCUGGCUCCAGCGUGAGGACGGCCUCCACCCCGGUGACCAACAGUACCUUCAGUCCGUUGAUGACCGAAAGAAGCUGGACGGUCUGUAUGAGUGUAUCCUGUGCGCCUGCUGCUCCACCUCUUGCCCGUCCUACUGGUGGAAUGGUGACAAGUACCUGGGGCCAGCUGUGUUGAUGCAAGCGUACCGUUGGAUCAUUGACUCGCGCGAUGAACACUCUGAGGAGAGACUGAAGAGACUGCGAGACCCAUUCUCUGUCUACCGUUGCCACACCAUCAUGAACUGCACCAAGACUUGUCCAAAGGGGUUGAAUCCAGGCCGUGCCAUCGCUGAGAUCAAGAAGCUGCUGUCCGGUAUUGCCAAGAAGGGAGAGCCGGGCCUGAACACAAUGGGCGCCACCAACUAGUUCCCCUCUAACACUGCCAGAGAACUGCUAAUGUUGGGUCAGUUAGUGUCUCAGUCUGUCUCUGGGUUGACAAGUGGGUGAACAUAGCCAGUCCUUAGGUUUAUUGAGUGUUUAAUCCCUUUGGUACUGUGACGCAUUUGAUUUACCGUGUUUUGGGUAUGAUUCGCCAAUUUUAUUUAGAUGAGGAAGGUUCUGUGGAGGUCAGAAGAUUAAUGGCCAGAGUCUUCACUAUUCUAAUCCCACUAUAAGUAUCUGAAGCUGUAUAAAAUCACCAUAUAGUACGCAGAAUGAAUAUGGAAACACGUCUUGCUACUGAAGGAAUUUUAAAACACCUCACACUAACUCGGGUGUGUUUUGAAAGGAUAAACUUCAGAUCUGCUAUGUUUGUUCACCUGGAAACCCAUUCUCUGUGACUGUAGAGCUCUCCCACUGUAGAUGGAGUAAUGGGGCAAGUGUCCCUGUAGAUAUUGUUUUCCAAGGCACCUUUUCAUAUGUAUCCGUCAAAACAAGGGCCACUUUUCUUAUUGGGAACUUAAUUUCAAUGCUUGGUGGCCAAAUUAUUCUAACCCAUCAUAACUGGUGCAAAAAAAAUAUUUAUGUCCGAUAGAUACUGUAUUUUCCGAACCAUCUUUCUUGUCUUCGUCACAACCCGGUUAUUUAUGUAAGUCUGAAUUUGAAGGUUUAGUCAUCAAUAUACUCCUGUCCCUCAGUAGAUAUUUAUGAAAGAUAUUAUUCAUGUCAGGUAUGUUUACGAUGACAAUUGUGAAUUAUGCUAAGUGUAACGUUUAAGCACUGAAAGGUUCAUUUGUACCUCUGACACAGGUAAUAUCUUAACAAGUGUGAACAGUUGACCAGCUUUCCUCAACCCACACAAGUUGUAAAGACUGGUAAUACAGAAACACAGGUAGAGAAACCAUUAUGAAAAACAAGUGUGAAAGAUUUAACCAACUUGUGAAGGUGAAAAAUGAGUCUCGGUUAAUUUACUAGCAUUUCACAACCCUAGAAGUUACAAAUGUCAGUAGUAAAAAACACAGGUAGAGAUAUUAUUACUACCAUAAAUACUACCUCAAAGAUUAAACCAGCAUUUCUUACUCUCCAUGACUUGUGAGGGUGAAAAGUGAACCAGUUUUAAUUUACUAGCAUUACACAACCCUAGAAGUUAUAAAUGACAGUAAUAGAAGACACAGAUAGAGAAAAGAAAAAAAUGAAGAUUAAACCAACAUUUUUGAAUCUCCAUGACUUGUAAAGGUGAAAAAUGAAUCUGUGUUAAUUUUCUAAGCAUUUCACAACCCUAGAAGCUAUAAAUGUCAGUAAUAGAAGGUACUGGUAGAGAUAUUAUUGCAGAAACACUACCUCUCAAAGAUUUCGUACUUUCCCAUGACUUGAAAAGGUGACAAAAUUAAUCUGUGUUAAUUUACUAGGCAUAUUACAACCCUAGAAGUUAUGAAUGUCAAUAAUGGAAACACAGGUAGAGAAUUAAUUACCAAAAAAAAAAAAAAACCUGUUGGAGAUUUAACUAACAUUUCUUAAUCUCCACAACUUCUAAAGGUGACAAAGUAAAUAGUGUUAAUUUACUAAACAUUUUACAACCGUAGAAGAUAUAAAUGUCAACAAUAAAGACACAGGUGUAGAAUUAAUAACCAAAGAAUUAAUUAACAAAAAAAAUACACCUGUGGGAGAUUAAACCAGCAUUUUGUACUCUCCGCAACUUGUAAAGGUGACAAAGCUACAAAGGUGUCAAUAUAUAGGUGAAUUAAUUGCAAAACAGCUCUAUGGCUAAUGUAAAUACAAUGAGGCAGCCGUGACCAGUACAGUGCAUUGUAGACCCUAUGAUACUGUGUUCUGGUGGUGGUGGUGGUGGUGGUCGGCUAGUGCUGUGAUGUCUCAAAGCUGCACUGCUGUUUGGUGUUAAGUUGAUGUACAGUUGUUUAUAUCUCUGAAUAAAGUCACGUCAAGGCUCA